CCAUGACAACACCAGUAGCGCAUCUGAGAUCGUUAUGUUGUUUUCUGUUUGUUUUCGUUAUUUGGUACUCAUGUUUGUGUUCAUUUGCAGUAGGAAAAGAUAAUCUGUGAAUCCAGUAAUACAUCCUGCUUAUAAGAAACGUUUUUGUUAAAAAUUAUUGUGAAGUAGUCACUUCCUGUGAGUCGCGGGAACCGGAAGUUGUGCGCCGGAGAGACAAGACAGAGCGGUAACACGGCGGACUUUUUGGAAUGUACAACUUUUCUACUGCUGGUUUUACAAGGCGUACACGUUUUCACGGUGCUCCAUGAUUGUGAGAGGAAUAAAAGAAUUGUGGACAUCAGUACGAAGCGUGGAUUCUUUCGACCAGAGUAGAUACAGUGAAAACGUGUCCCAAUCCAUCUGGAGGCUUCGGUGUGCAAAGCUCUUCUCAUCCUGCAACAAGCUACAGGUCUCGGUUUGCAACGCGCUUCUCCUCCUGCAGCAAACUACAGGCUUCGGUGUGCAAAGCUCUUCUCAUCCUGCAGCAAGCUACAGGUCUCGGUUGCUUCUCAUCCUGCAGUGAGCUACAGGCUUCAGUGGACACGUUGCUUUCCAUUCUGUGACAACCAAACGGGAGCUGCAGAUUCAGCGGACACUCCAAGAAGUGGUUUCAGGCUAAAGCGUGAGUCCUCAGGCUAUAUUGCGCAGUUAUUAUGCCUCAAGAGUUGAUGGAUAGAACAUGAGCUACAAAUUUGCUAUAAUGGACAAGAUAUUAAUAGUGUUCAAAUUUCAGACUGUGUAAAAAAAAAAAAAAAAAAAGACAAUCUGUGGAAGUUCUGGAAAUUAUUGUUGCUUUCUUACCUAUUGUUUGCAAGCUUCAUGAAGGCUGAAACUGAAGAUUUAUUUGCUCUCAUACGUAAGAAUCUAAGCUAAGGUGGCUUUGUGUUAAUUUUAAUAAUUGUCCGCCUAUUACAUCCAUUCCAUUUUUUAAUUACCUUAGAUAUCUUGUCCUCUUCAUAAGAUACCCCCUUUAAAGUCUGAAAAUGUCUAAAGAUGGUCAUAGUCACCGUGAUGUUAUGUCAGAAGUACAAGAUGCAGGGGAUUUGGAAGAGGGAAAAAGUGUAGUGUCUGAGAAAUCUGAGACAAAAACAAGAAAAUCCUCUCGUGAAAGGCGAUUAACGCCAAAAAUGCAGGAACUGAAAGAUCAAGAGUUAACUCAAAAGGAGAAGAGGUUCAAAGCAACAUAUGAGAAAUGGAAAAGCAAUGUAAGAGACAUUCGCACAAGGUUAAAGCAAGUAUGCUCUGAGUGUGACAUGUAUAAUAUGAUGGAUGAGGCUGAGAAGCUAGAGUCUGAAUUAAAGGAACAGUAUGACAGAAUUCGACUCCAAACCUCACCAAGUCAAGAAAUUCGAAGAAAGAUCAAUGCAUGCUCAGCCGUGACGGCCGAUUUGCUUCAGCUGAUGAGAGUACGUCUGACUGAAGAUGAAGGUGAGUUUGACACGGUGGCAGAAAGCCGAAAUUGAUAUGGAAGCUGCCAUCGAAGCUCAGCGUCAGCAGUUGAGAAAACUUGAAAAUCAGAGGGACAUUGAUGUCAUUCAGGCAAAGCUAAAUGUCUACACUGAAGAAGAGGGAAGGGAUGGGACAUGCAGUCCUCCAUUCAGCAAAGUGAGUGAUGCACGCCCCUUCGCUCGCCACAUCCCAGAUGAAGAACGGCAGGUUGCACAAAACGAGACAUCACUGGUCCAAUCCCUACAAGAGUCAUUAGCCCUCACUCGCUUGCCAACUCCAGAACCUUCUGUAUUCUCGGGUGAUCCUCUGAAGUUCACAGAAUGGAGCAUAAGCCUCAAAGCCCUUAUAGAGAGACGAUGCUCUGACCCUGCAGACAGGCUAUUCUACCUGCAAAAGUACAUAGCAGGUGAGGCAAAAUCUUCUCUUGAAGGCAGCUUCUACAGAAAAGAUGAAGAAGCCUAUCAACAAGCAUGGGAUAGGUUAAAUGCUAGAUAUGGCCAUUCCUUUGUAGUGCAGCGGGCUUUCAGAGAGAAGCUAAAUGGGUGGCCGAAGAUUGGUGGAAAGGAAUAUCUCAAGCUAAGAGAGUUCAGUGAUUUCCUCCAAACAUGUAGUAAUGCCAUGCCUCACAUAAAGGGCUUACAGGUUCUUAACGACUGUGAGGAGAAUCAGAAAAUACUAGUCAAACUUCCUGAUUGGGUGACAUCUAGAUGGAACCGUUAUGUCACAGAGCAGCUAGAUUGGGGCAAUGACUAUCCAAGCUUUCAUGAGUUUACUUCCUUUAUCUCUAAGGAGUCACGCAUGGCAUGCAAUCCAGUGUCAUCCUUACAUGCCUUAAGACACUCUGCAGAGGCACCACCCAGAGAGAUGAAGCGUUCAAAAGCAAACACGUUUGCCACAAAUGUGAACCCCCCAAUUCCAUCAAGCUCCACCGCUAAAUCUGACCUUGGUGAAAUCAAGUUGAGAGAUGCAGAGAAACCAAAGAAAUGGAACACACCAACACAAAAUUCCAAUAAUAGCCAGUGUAUUUGCUGUAGUGAGAACCAUUCCAUACAUAAAUGCAAGAGGCUUAUGGACAUGUCUGUAGAGGAUAAGAAAAAAUGCAUACUUGAAAAUAGGUUGUGUUUUGCAUGUCUAAGAAAGGGUCACAAUUCUAAAGAAUGUAGAAACAGGGCCACGUGUGGCAUAUGCAAAAAGAGUCACCCAACGCCAUUGCAUGAAGAUCGUUCUACAGCAGGAGCACCAUCAAUACAAGGCGCAGUUGAAGAAAGUACGUUGUCAUUAUCAUGUUGUGUGAGUGGAGGUGAAGGUGGGAGUACGUCGAUGAUAGUCCCAGUGUGGAUCUCAACACUUAGUGCUCCGGACACUGAAACCCUAGUAUAUGCACUAUUGGACACUCAAAGCAGUCACACAUUUGUUGAUCAGGAGGUGUGUGAAAAACUGCAGGCAACAAUGGAACCAGUGAAACUUAAACUUUCCACCAUGAUGGGGAGAGACUCAGUUGUGAAGAGUCAAAGAGUAUGUGAGCUCAAAGUUAGAGGAUUCUCCUCUAACAUUUCCAUCAGCUUGCCUCCAGCCUACACAAGGGACUUCAUUCCUCUUGACCGUGCACAUAUUCCCACUUGUCAGACAGUCAACAAAUGGAAACACCUUGUCAGCAUAGCCCAGGAGAUACCUCCGUUGAUGGACUGUGGUGUUGGAUUGUUGAUUGGAUACGACUGCUCCAGAGCGUUAAUUCCAAGAAGGGUCAUUACUGGGGGCGACUAUGAGCCUUAUGCUAUUGAGUCGGACCUUGGUUGGAGCAUUGUGGGAAGCGCACCACAGCGUAUGCAGGCUAAAGAUGUGACUGGUUUUUGCCAUUGAGUGUCUGUCAGAGAGGUGCCACCCAUAACACCAUUUGCUGUCAUCAAGGCCCUUGUCAGGAGUUUUCCUGUAGUGCAACUCAGGUCGGAAUAAAUGACACUCAGACAGGUUUGCAAGUUUAACGUGCACACGGGUGAGAGCUCAACGAAGACUCACACCCUGCAGCAGUUGUCAGCCUUUAUUUAUACUCAAGCAUAUUUGUGUAGCAUGUUCUUCUCAGAGACGUACAGGAAGAGAUAAAAUAGAACUGUGCUGCGUGCAGGCUUCCUGUUGAGCUUGCACAGUUAGUAACAUAACAGAUAGCGUAACUUCUCUAUUUGAGCUGAAUACUAAAAGAGCAAACACAUCUAGAAAAUAAAAUGUACUUUUAAGCAUAAACAUAAUAAAAUCUUUUGACAUUCCCUCCAGUUGUUUGAUCUUUUCUUCUAUAUAUGUACACAGCAACUCACUAACAUUGUAUCAGUCCAUGGCCACUUGUAAACAUUUUUAGCCAAGACAUCAUAAAAUAGUGGGUUUUGUGAGUAUGUUAUAUCCAAAUGUCUAUCUCAUUAUCAUCUUCUUCAUUCUGUGAUAGGGUGAUGUAAGCAUGAAU